AUGUCAGUGGAAGAUUUCCUGCAAAGUGAAGACUGGAAGCAUGGCCCUUCAUGGCUAGCACACCAACAGUCAUCCUGGCCAAUUUCAAACCUACCUGCCGUCUCGGAGGACAUUCUGGAAACCAAAAGCGUUGUUGCAUCCAUUCAAACAACAACCAGCAUCAACCCAUGGUUUCUUCGGUGGUCGUCCUAUACUCGACUACUCCACACGGUAGGAUAUUGCCUCCGUUUCGUAACAAAAACACGUUCAAAGGCCAGAACCCAGUCAAUUGCACCCCUCACGGGAAUCGAACUCGACGCGCAGUCACUCACCGUCCAGGAGCUUGUCAACGCUAAUGCCCUUCUAACCAGGCUUGCCCAGCAAGAUGUCUUCGGGGAUGAGAUCAAGGACCUGCAGCGAGGAAAUACCGUAAUGAAGAAAUCGCCAAUACGUCGAAUGUGUCCACUCAUCGAUCCAGAAGGAAUACUACGAGUAGGAGGCCGAUUGAACCUGUCUCAGCUGCCAUAUCAGUCCAAACACCCUGCCCUCCUCCCAAAAGAUCAUCCAUUCACCAGGCUAAUCGGAGAACAUUAUCAUCGGAAGCUCCUCCACGGCGGCGGGCGUCUUUUGUUGUCGUCGAUUCGUGAGGAAUACUGGCCACUGAACGGUCGUCGUUUGGUCCAUAGCAUCGUACGAAAUUGUUUCCGGUGUAUACGCCAUCGUCCGCAGCCCGCUCACCAGCAGAUAGGUCAGCUACCAGCAGCGAGGGUCAUACCAAGUCGUACCUUCUCCAACACAGGCGUGGAUUAUGCUGGUCCUCUAUACAUGAAACCCAUCCAUAAACGAGCAGCCCCGGCAAAAGCUUACCUGUGCAUAUUUAUAUGCUUUGCAACAAAGGCUGUCCACCUAGAGUUAGUUGGGGACCUCUCUACCCAGGGGUUCAUUGCAGCGUUACGCCGAUUCAUUGCAAGACGUGGAAUCCCAGCCCACAUUUAUUCGGAUAACGGAAAAAACUUUGAGGGAGCAAAACGAGAGCUAGGCGAGCUAUUUGCCAGGUUUAGGAGCCAAAACGAGCAGAGCAUUAUUUCUUCUGCUUGCACAGAUCAGGGAAUUACUUGGCACUUGACUCCCCCCAAGGCCCCACAUUUCGGUGGCCUAUGGGAAGCGGCGGUCAAGACUGCCAAACGACAUCUAUUUCGACAAUUGGGUAAUACACGUCUGUCAUUUGAAGCAUGUUAUACUAUUCUGCACCAAAUAGAAUCUGCGAUGAAUUCCCGUCCUCUUUUACCGAUGUCCGAUGAUCCUAACGACCUCGCCGCCCUAACACCAGCACACUUCCUCAUCGGUACCUCGAUGUACGCCCUGCCCGACCCAGCCACUCAGCAUACACCAGUGGGCGCCCUUGAACAUCUUCAGAAGCUCCAGCAUCACGUUCAGAAAUUCUGGGUUCACUGGCGAACCGAGUAUUUGCAGGAGAUGAUGAGAGAUACAAAGCUAGCAGCACGAAACGACGAGAUCCGGCCUGGAAGGAUGGUCAUCCUAGUUGACGAAAUGGUGCCAACAACCCGUUGGCCACUUGCGCGUAUCACUGAAGUACAUCCUGGAAGAGAUCGAUUGAAUCGAGUUGUUAGCCUUCGCACCGCCAAAGGAGUCAUCAUCCGACCAAUUACCAGAAUUUGCUUACUUCCGUGUUUCGAGCCAAUUCUAAAUCAGGAGCAACGAGAAGAAACUAUCGAAGAUCCAAAUUCCCAUCCAUAA